AUGGCGGUGGCUCUGUCACCCGAUCAAGAGUUGGCUACGAAGGCGUUUUUGGACGCUUUGAGUGAAUCGGGGGCGGCGUGUGUGUCGCGAGCCACAGCGAUCAAAUUCUUGCUCGCGCGGAAGUUUGAUGUGGCGCGUGCGCACGCUUUGUGGCGACAACACGAAGCUACACGACGCCGCGAGGGCCUCAACAAAUUCGAGCCAUUUGAAGAUCCACUGAAGUCUGAAUUAGAAACAGGGAAAUUUACUAUACUGCCAACGCGAGAUGCGACCGGUGCUGCCAUUGCGGUUUUCACCGCAAACAAACAUUUUCCGACGCAGACUACGCAUCAGAUAACAUUACAGGGUGUGGUGUACCAAUUGGACGUGGCGCUACAGUCGGUGGAGACGCAGCGCGCCGGCCUCGUCUUCAUAUACGACAUGACCGACUCCAAGUACACCAACUUCGAUUAUGAGCUCUCUCAGAAAAUACUCACCAUGCUCAAGGGAGGUUACCCAGCAAAGCUGAAGAAGGUGUUGAUAGUGACAGCCCCGCUGUGGUUCAAAGCACCAUUUCGGAUCUUGCGGCUGUUUGUCCGAGAGAAGUUGCGUGAGCGCGUGCACACUGUGAACGCGCCUCAGCUUGGCCUGCACGUGCCCCGCUCCAGUCUGCCCAAGCAACUUGGUGGCCUGCACGAACCAGACCACGCUGCCUGGUUGGAGCACUGCAAGAAUUGUUACACGAACAAUUUGCAGAACGCUAAACUAGACGGCGUCAUCGAUGAAUAUGUAAUCAGUAAUCACAUACCACCUAUCAACGCGCAAAAUGGUAUAAUAGAGCACGAGGGUGACAUGACCAGCGACCGCGCGCCGCGCCUGGACACCGACACAGACAUGCACAUCAGCGGCGACCCUCCCUACACCUGCGACCCCAGCCCGCUCAGGCACACCCAUGGGUAUAAUGGUGAUAUGAAGAGCAGGCACAUAAACUCGGGAGACGAGGAUGACAUGGACAUAAGCACGCGCGGCACGUGGUCGUCGGGCGAGGUGUCGCCGGGGCUGUCGGACGAGGAGGGCGGCGGCGGCGGCGCGGGCGAGGCGCCGCAGGCACUGCUGCAGCGCGUGCGCGCGCUCGGCCGCCGCGGGCUCGCCGCUGAGUACGACGACAUCCGCGCGCGCCCUCCGCUCGGCACCUUCCAUCAUGCCAAAUUGCCGAGCAAUCUAGCCAAAAAUCGUUACACGGACGUGCUAUGCUACGACCACUCGCGCGUGUUACUGUCGCAGACAGAUCCGGAAGACCCCACCACAGACUAUAUCAACGCUAACUACGUCGACGGGUACAAACAGAAGAAUGCUUACAUCUGUACGCAAGGUCCGUUGCCGAAGACGUUCGGUGACUUCUGGCGCAUGGUGUGGGAGCAGGGCACGUUGGUGAUCGUGAUGACGACGCGCGCCGUGGAGCGCGGCCGCGUCAAGUGCGGGCAGUACUGGCCGCUCGCCGACGGACAACACGUCGUCUACGGAGACUUCGCCGUCACCACGCAGGCCGUCGAGCACGAGGAGGACUACACCGUCACGCAUCUACUGCUCAGUGACCUUAAGCGCGGCGGGUCCCGUCGCAUCUGGCACGGGCAGUACACGCGCUGGCCGGACUACGGCGUGCCGGGCGGCGGCAGCGCGGCGCCCGUGCUGCGCUUCCUGGCGCGCACGCGUCGCGCGCAGGCGCUCGCGCUGCACGACCUCGACCACGCCUGGGCCGGACACAAGCAGGGCCCGCCCAUCGUCGUGCACUGCUCCGCGGGCAUCGGCAGGACGGGCACGUUCCUGACGCUGGACAUCUGCGCGCAGCGGCUGAGCGCGGAGGGCGUGCUGGACGUGCGCGGCACGGUGGAGCGCAUCCGGGCGCAGCGCGCGCACUCCAUCCAGAUGCCCGACCAGUACGUCUUCUGUCAUCUCGCGCUACUCGAGUACGCGGUGAUGCAGGGCUACCUAGACUCUGCCGACCUGACGGGAUUCGACGAAGACAACGAGGAGGAGUCGGAAUGA